AUAUAUAUAUGUAUUUAUAUUUUUACAGAGGCUGCGCUUAAAUUACUGUCAUAUUAAUGUUACAUAUUUUAAAUAGAAUUAAUAAUACAAAUAUUAUUUAAAAAGAGGAUAUCUGGAGCAGAUACAGAGUUUAAUUUCACCUCAGGCUGCACGUGCUUCUUCCCUCUCACUCGCGGCACGCACUGGAAAAUGUCCUCUCACUAGACAAGCAAACUCGGCAAAGUAGUUAUGAAAUCACUUCGGUGGUGGUGCAGGAAUCGGCUUUCCAAACGUUUGAAAGUCCCUAUGGAUGUUUUCACAUAUUUUACAUCUGUCCAUGCUUGUACGUUAUUUUUCCGUUGUGAGGCUUUUUCAAGCGCAGGAUAGCAGACUCAGCCUGAAAGAUGAUGACAGCGGAGACUACAACCAGGACAACAGCUCACCGAAAGAUGGGGAGAAGGAAAGAAAUGAGGAAGAUGACAAGGAUUCAAACACUACUAAGAGAAAGUUAGAAUUUUUGAGUGUGUGUUGGUGUGUGUGUGUGUGUGUGUGUGUAUGCUGCAGCCGGUGGUCCCAGGGGCCGGUGAACACCCUCUUCAGUACAACUACACAUACUGGUAUUCUCGUCGCACACCAGGACGACCAGCCAGCACACAGAGCUACGAACAGAACAUCAAACAGAUCGGCAGCUUUGCUUCGGUGGAGCAGUUCUGGCGUUUUUAUAGUCACAUGAUCAGACCGGGUGAUCUGACUGGCCACAGCGAUUUCCACCUAUUUAAGGAAGGAAUCAAACCCAUGUGGGAGGAUGAUGCUAAUAAGAGUGGAGGUAAGUGGAUCAUUCGGCUUCGUAAAGGCCUGGCAUCACGCUGCUGGGAGAAUCUGAUCUUAGCGAUGCUUGGGGAGCAGUUCAUGGUAGGCGAGGAGGUCUGUGGGGCUGUCGUGUCCGUUCGUUUCCAGGAGGAUAUAAUUUCUAUCUGGAAUAAGACAGCCAGUGACCAGGCCACCACAGCACGCAUUAGAGACACUUUACGCAGAGUUCUCAAUCUGCCUCCAAAUACCAUAAUGGAGUAUAAAACACACACCGACAGCAUCAAAGCUUGGGAGGAUUUCCAUGGUCUAGUAAAUGCAAGUGGAGGCCGCUAGUUUUUCAUCCUGAGAGUGAUUGAUGGAUUUUUGGGUUCAUUUUCCUAAGGAAGAGGACGCGUCAGAGGAACGAAAACGAAAACAAAAAGGGACAUAAUGAAAAGGUUCAGCAUGAGACAUUUUUACUGCAGAAGACUUCUGGAUUUGGUUUUUAUCAUCCGAACACCACCUGAAAUCUCGCAGAAGAGGAAGGUACCAAAUAUCAACUUUUUUCCAU